AGAAAUGACGUCACAUACAGGGCUGAGAAAGGAGGAGGAGACUGGAACUGGAAAACCGACAUUGGUCCUCCUCUCAUCUUCACUUUCCACCGUCAAAGCGGCGUUUAAGUGACCGCAGUCAGACACUCCGCGUGUAAUUUACACCCUGCCCGCUCCCAUCGGAAUAAUAUUACACCUAUGGUUAGCUGCUAGAUCAUCUAAGCGGCGACAUGGCUGGCUAGCACAGCGAGGCUAGAGCUCAUCUCCCGGACUUCGGACAAGAAUGGCGACUUCACUCGGAUAACCUUUUCCAGCAGCGACGACCAACAUCCCGACGGCCCCCGUCUCCAAAGAAUACCCGCGUACGCAACUGUUUCUGACAGGCCCUGGAGCAUGACGGUUGUUAAUGUCAGUGUAGUUCCAAACAUGGUGCAGAAGUACCAGUCGCCUGUGCGGGUGUACAAGUACCCCUUUGAGCUGGUGAUGUCGGCCUAUGAGCGCCGGUUCCCUACGUGUCACCUUAUCCCUAUGUUCGUGGCGAGUGACGUGGUCGAUGAGGAGACAAGUGAGGACCAAUCUACUCAUCGGGUUGAGCGACGCUGUGCACUAGAUGUCGACGCUCCACGCCUUCUCAAACGGAUUGCCGGUGUGGACUAUGUGUACUUUAUCCAGAAAAACACACUUAACCAAAAGGAGCGGACACUUCACAUAGAAUCACAUAAUGAGACCUUCUCCAAUAGGGUCAUCAUCCAUGAGAUCUGCUGCUAUUCGGUCCACCCUGAGAAUGAAGACUGGACAUGUUUUGAGCAGUCAGCCAGUCUGGACAUCAAGUCCUUCUUCGGCUUUGAGAGCACCGUGGAAAAGAUUGCCAUGAAGCAGUAUGCAAGCAGCAUCAAAAAGGGAAAAGAAAUCAUAGAGUACUAUCUGAAAGAGCUAGAGGAUGAGGGGAUUACUCACAUUCCCCGAUGGAAUCCCACCUCACUUCCCGUGCCACCCAUCAGACCAACCAGUCUCCCCACUAACCCAUCUGUUGACUCCAAACUCCCUAUAACACCGGCUGUUGCCAUCCCGCUGCCUGUUGAUGCCACAGACAGCGCCUCCCAGAAUGCCAAGCAGGACAGUAUUGCCCUGCAGGCAGACAGUUUAACUGAGAUUCUGGCCGGUACACCGGAAGAUAAACUAGAUGCGGACUAUAUCAAACGGUACCUUGGUGAUCUGACGCCCCUGCAAGAGAGCUGUCUCAUCAGACUUCGAAAAUGGCUACAAGAAACUCACAAGGGAAAGAUUCCUAAAGAUGAACAUAUCCUGCGAUUCUUGCGGGCUAGAGAUUUCAACAUUGACAAGGCCCGGGAAAUUCUGUGCCAGUCGCUGACCUGGAGGAAGCAGCAUCAAGUAGACUAUCUUCUUGAGACCUGGAGUUCACCACAGGUCCUUCAAGACUUUUACACUGGGGGCUGGCACCACCAUGAUCGAGAUGGUCGUCCUUUGUACAUCCUGAGACUUGGCCAGAUGGACACCAAAGGACUCGUCCGAGCUCUUGGAGAAGAAUCUCUACUCCGACAUGUGCUAUCUAUCAAUGAGGAAGGUCUGAGACGCUGUGAAGAGAACACAAAGGUGUUUGGUCGACCCAUAAGCUGUUGGACAUGUCUUGUGGAUCUGGAGGGUUUAAAUAUGCGUCACCUGUGGCGACCAGGAGUCAAGGCGCUGUUGAGGAUUAUCGAGGUUGUGGAAGCCAACUAUCCAGAGACGCUGGGACGGCUGCUUAUCUUGAGAGCUCCCAGAGUCUUCCCGGUUCUCUGGACUUUGGUCAGUCCAUUUAUUGAUGAAAACACCCGCAAAAAGUUCCUUAUCUAUGCUGGAAACGACUACCAGGGCCCCGGUGGACUGGUAGACUACAUAGACAAAGAGAUUAUCCCUGACUUCCUGGGAGGCGAGUGCAUGUGUGAAGUCCCCGAAGGUGGCUUGGUCCCCAAAUCUAUGUACCGCACUGCAGAAGAACUCGAAAACGAAGAGGUUCGUCUUUGGACUGAAACGAUCUACCAAAGUGCCAGCAUCUUCAAAGGAGCUCCACAUGAGCUUUUGAUUGAGAUUAUUGACGCCUCCUCUGUCGUCACCUGGGACUUCGAUGUCUGCAAAGGCGAUGUGGUCUUCAACAUCUAUCACUCCAAGCGGGCACCUCAGCCACCACGCAAGGACCCACUGGGAACUCACGGUAUCACCUCCCCCGGCGGCAACAAUGUGCAGCUUAUUGACAAGUCCUGGACGCUGGGGCAAGAUUACAGCAGGGUAGAGUCUCCUCUAACCUGCAAGGAAGGAGAAAGUGUGCAGGGCUCCCAUAUUACACGUUGGCCCGGGUUCUACAUCCUCCAGUGGAAGUUCCACAGCAUGCCUGCGUGCUCUGCCACCAAUCUGCCUCGAGUGGAUGACGUUCUGGCAACCCUGCAGGUCUCUUCGCAUAAGUGUAAAGUCAUGUACUACACCGAGGUGUUGGGCUCAGAGGACUUCAGAACUGCUUGCUGUGACGUGCAGAGUUUGGGUUCCAUGACCAGCCUGGAGUCCAGCCACAGCGGCUUCUCUCAGCUCAGCGCCGCCACCACUUCAUCCAACCAAUCCCAGUCCAGCUCAAUGAUCUCCAGGUAGACGUGGAAAGCACUGUCCCACACCGCGGCAAACUCCACCCUCCCUCGACCCACACCUGCACACCCUUUUUAACUUUGCACCAAGCAAGCACGCACGGACAACAGAAAAAGGCAAAAAGAAAGUGAAACUCACUUUAAAGGGCUGAUUUUUUUGCACAAAGGUCAUACCAUUUCAAUACUCGCGGCAGAUGGCGAUUGAGUUGGAUCGUCCCCUCUUCAAGGGUGUAAAGUCUCUCGGAGGCUUAAAAGAAGCAAUAUUAUCCUGGAAAGUGUAAAGUCCCGAUGGGCGGACACACUGGAGGCGCUGUUACAUACGUUAGAUGCAUUUACUUUGACAUUCCUCAAUACUGCAGGCAAUAACCAGAUGGCUGAGACGUCACUGUAGCAGUUUGGAUGUUCUGUUACGCAUAAAAAUGCCUCAAUAUUUAAUGUGUCACCAAGCCCGUGGAUAUAAUGUGAAUGCAUCCGGAUGGACGUACUACAUUCAAACACAAUGGACUUGGUUAGAUAUCGGCUGAAAAAAUGUUUUAAAAAAAAUACCGCGCACCUGAAACGCCACUCUUGAUGCCUGGUUAGCCGCCAUGCGAUGGUCUUACGGCGAAACCCCCACCCUCCCAUUGAGGGGCGCUAUAGUCCCGUGACAUACUUGACCAGGGUUCCGCUAUUGACGAGCAAUAACAUGAGUUUCUACAGUGUGAAAUAUUUGUAUUCAUCAUGAGCUUUUUACACCUGUUGUUGCUAUGGCGACCGCUCCACAUCAGUCAACACAGCUGAUUUUGGGGGGGGGGGGGGGGGGAACUGAAGAGAAUUCAAACCACAAGCACUCAAAUGUGAGAAAAUAAGUGAACACUCCAAGACCAGCAUAUGUAUAAUUGUAUUAAGACAAAAAGUUGAACAGCUAACACUAGUAGUAAAAGAUAUGUACAUUUUCUACCGUGACUAAUCCUCAUAACUUUGUACGUGCACACAAAAAUAUUUAUUUUGGACACGUCUUCUUUUUAAGAGGUUAAAGGGGAACUGCACUUUUCUGGAAUUUGCCUAUAAUUCACGAUUCUUAUGAAAGACGAGAACAUGCGUCUUUUUUUGUAUUACAGUCUAACUUGUAAAUAAAGCCAACGUGAGCUAUUGCGUCUAUUCUGCCCAUAAAACCCAAUGAAAAAGCGUCAACUAUACUCCAUUUAGAUUUUGGGACCUGAAUAUUAACCAAGUAUUAGCGAUAUCGGUAUAAUAAGGACCUACAUUUAGCGGCGCAUUGAUCAGAGAGAGGCGACUUCAUCAACUGGUGAGCUCGUGAAAGUUAAUUCGAGGUCAUAAAUCAUGCCUCUCAACUGGAUAGUAAAAUGAUGACAUAAACUGAAAAGUCGGUCAACUUUGACAGCCAACUUAGACCCGGAGAUGGGGACAAAGACACGUGAAGGACGUUUUUGAACUCUUUGUGAUUCAUUCUUCAAGUAAACAGGAGUAUAACAGCGUCCUUACAGUUGGCUUUCCCAGUGAGAGCAGACAUUGUACAGUAAGGGAUUGUUUUAUGAUGUGUGUUGGCUCUGAGCAGUCAUCAGUGAUGUUGUCGAAGGAAAAAUGCAAACGUUGCAUUGCGUGUAUGUAUUUAAUGUGCCGCCGUGUGCUUAAAAUGAGCAAAAUAGGUAAAUAUUACUAUGAAUGUGCUUGAUACUACAAUACAUAUGUACUUAAAAGUAUUAUUUCAUGUUUUGUUUGUGCACAGCCAGCUGGACAGCGUAUGUACUGUAGUGUACUGCAUCUAUCAUGAUCAACGUUGUAGUGACUCACUCGAUGGACUGUUGUGCGUUUGGUCCAGCUGGCUGGGGGACGUUUCCGGUUGAUUUGGGUAAGCCCUUACGUUGGCAUAGCUUGGCUCAAAGUUCCAUAUUUUGCGGUAUGACCUCACUCUCUCGGCUUCCUUUUGCUCCAGCGUUGCUCGCUUCUAUCAGGAGGUGUUCAUCCUCUGUAUUUUCAGGUUCAAAAAGAUAAGGUUGUGAAUCCUCGUUUGUCCAAAAAAAUAGUCGUCUUCGUUGUCCUUUACCAAGUCUGCCAUGAUAACAACACAACUUGCGUGUUUUUCCGGAAGUACGGACACACAUUUGUUGCUGAAAGUCGGGAGUGUGUUGCUAUGGAAAUUUUGAAAAAAUUGCCAAAAUAUGGUAAAUAUUGAACAUAUUACAUAUUGGUAUGAACUAGGGCUGCAACAACUAAUCGAUUAAAUCGAUUAAAAUCGAUUAUAAAAAUUGUUGCCGAUUAAUUUAGUCAUCGAUUCGUUGGAUCUAUGCUAUGCGCAUGCGCAGAGGCUUUAAAAAAAAAAAAAUUAAUUAAAAAUUUUUUUUAAAUUUUUUUAAAUAAACCUUUAUUUAUAAACUGCAACAUGUACAAACAGCAGAGAAACAAUAAUCAAAAUAAGUAUGGUGCCAGUAUGAUGUUUUUUUUUUCAAUAAAAUACUGGAAAGGAUAGAAAUGUAGUUUGUCUCUUUUAUCCGAUUAUUAAUCGAUUAAUCGAAGUAAUAAUCGACAGAUUAUUCGAUUAUCAAAUUAAUCGUUAGUUGCAGCCCUAGUAUGAACAUGUCUGUUACUACAUUAUAUAUAUACUUGAUCUGUGUAUAUAAAACGUUGAUGGAGAGUUUUGAAGGUGACUCCCAUUAGCCACAUCUUGCAAGCGUUUAAAAAAAAAAAAAAAUUGAAUUUCUAAUCUUAAAGGCCUACUGAAAUGAAUUUUUUUUUAUUCAAACGGGGAUAGCAGAUCCAUUCUAUGUGUCAUACUUGAUCAUUUCGCGAUAUUGCCAUAUUUUUGCUGAAAGGAUUUAGUAGAGAACAUCGACGAUAAAGUUCGCAACUUUUGGUCGCUGAUAAAAAAAAGCCUUGCCUGUACCGGAAGUAGCGUGACGUCACAGGUUGAAAGGCUCCUCACAUUUCCCCAUUGUUUACACCAGCAGCGAGAGCGAUUUGGACCGAGAAAGCGACCCCAUUAAUUUGAGCCAGGAUGAAAGAUUGGUGGAUGAGGAACGUGAGAGUGAAGGACUAGAGUGCAGUGCAGGACGUAUCUUUUUUCGCUCUGACCGUUACUUAGGUACAAGCUGGCUCAUUGGAUUCCACACUUUCUCCUUUUUCUAUUGUGGAUCACGGAUUUGUAUUUUAAACCACCUCGGAUACUAUAUCCUCUUGAAAAUGAGAGUCAAGAACGCGAAAUGGACAUUCACAGUGACUUUUUAUCUCCACGACAAUACAUCGGCGAAGCACUUUAGCUACGGAGCUAACGUGAUAGCAUCGUGCUUAAAUGCAGAUAUAAACAAAAGAAAUAAACCCCUGACUGGAAGGAUAGACAGAAGAUCAACAAUACUAUUAAACCAUGGACAUGUAAAUACACGGUUAAUAAUUAUCAGCCUGGCGAAGGUUAACAAUGCUGUUGCUAACGACGCCAUUGAAGCUAACUUAGCAACUGGACCUCACAGAGCUAUGAUAAAAACAUUAGCGCUCCACCUACGCCAGCCAGCCCUCAUCUGCUCAUCAACACCCGUGCUCACCUGCGUUCCAGCGAUCGACGGAAGGACGAAGGACUUCACCCGAUCAUCGAUGCGGUCGGCGGCUAGCGUCGGAUAGCGCGUCUGCUAUCCAAGUCAAAGUCCUCCUGGUUGUGUUGCUGCAGCCAGCCGCUAAUACACCGAUCCCACCUACAACUUUCUUCUUUGCAGUCUUCAUUGCUCAUUAAACAAAUUGCAAAAGAUUCACCAACACAGAUGUCCAGAAUACUGUGGAAUUUUGAGAUGAAAACAAGAGUUUUUUUGUAUUGGAUUCAAUGAUGUCCGAAUACUUCCGUUUAACUAUUGACGUCACGCGCAUACGUCAUCAUACAUAGACGUUUUCAACCGGAAGUUUAGCUGGAAAUUUAAAAUUGCACUUUAUAAGUUAACCCGGCCGUAUUGGCAUGUGUUGCAAUGUUAAGAUUUCAUCAUUGAUGUAUAAACUAUCAGACUGCGUGGUCGGUAGUAGUGGCUUUCAGUAGGCCUUUAAUGCUCAAUCUUGUGCAGUUCCCCUUUUAAGAUGAAUGAUCAUCAGCCCUCACUGAGUAGUGUCGAGGAAGAAAUUGUCCAAGCAUAAGCCAUCAUCACCCAAUUACAGCUAGUUUGAUCUUUGCAGCACUAUUGUUGCACCAAAGCUAAACAAGCCGAUGCCUUGUAGUGUCCUGGUUUGUAAAUGUGCGACUAAUAAGCAGCUGAGCUAAAAUAUCUUAAUAACUGAAAGUCAUCAGAACUUCCUUGUUUGGGUAUUUCUUUUUCAAGUACUUUUUUGUGUGCAUGAAGAGUGGAAAUGUUUAUUAUAAUGCGUAUCAUUUAACAGUGUGCUAGUAGAAAACACAGUAUUGCCACUGUGCUAGUUCUGUUUGGUGGUUUUGACAUACUUGGUGGGGAGGCUUGGUGUUUGGGUUCGAAACGGCUACUAUUUGUCAAUGACCAGUCAUUUGUCUAUAAACACCAUGUUAGCCUUUGUAGGACUUAGAUACAUAGCUGCUUUCAAGUUAGUGUUAGAAUUGAACCCAUAAGAACCCCAUGCAUGUCCUCAAAUGGUUCCUGUACAGCAGGGGUGUCCAAACUUUUUCCACUGAGGGCCACAAACGGAAAAAUGUAAGCAUACGGGGGCCAUUUUGAUAUUUUCCAUUUUCAAACCAUAACAAAAUAUAUAGAUUUUUUUUUUUAAAUCUUUAGGGCUCCCGGGGACCAGUCAAGGGUCUCAGUCAUUAAAAUGUUAAAAAUAAGUCAAAUUAUUUUUUUAUUUUUUUUUACAGUAUAUCUCUAUAUCAACUUCAGGUUGAUAUCAAGUAAAAAAAAAAGCCUUUUCUGUCAAAGACAACUUUGUUUUUUAUAGUAAAACUGAAAUAUGCAGUAUUUAGUAAUUAGAGCCCUAAAAGAUCAAUAAUGCAGGACACCAUUGAUUUGAAUUCUUUAAUAUUUUUGAGUAAUCACAGUGAAAAGUUAAAUAAAAUCCCACUAAAUAUAUUUGGGAUCCAAAAGGUCUCCCACUCAUAAAGUGAUACAUUUUUAUUAGUUUUUUUUUUACUUUUCACACUUAAAUUACGAGAUCAACUUCAGAUAUAUCUGUCGAUUUUACGUUGGAACUAUUAUUUUGUUUGUUUUAUGCUCUUUGGUCAAAUAAAACUUUGAUGUUUUUAUAUGGCAACCACGCAAUAUAUGCAAUAUUUUUUCCACAUAAAACAUUUUAAAGUGACAUUUUUUAAGUAAUUCAUUGUAAUAUAGAUUUUUUGUCUUUUUUUUUGUUUUUUUUGUUUGACUAAUGGCAAAAAAAAUAAAAAAAUAAACAAAGACAAAAGAAAAAAAAACAGCCUGCAUGGCAGCUUUGUGUCAACCUUGCAACGUUUUCUCGUUAAAUUUCACCUCAUGCCACUUUUUUUUAAAUGUUUUAUUUUUAUUUUUGCAAUACUAUCAAUUUUGCAAUUUUUGCAGAAUGUGUGGGGGGGCCGGUAAACGAUUAGCUGCGGGCCACAAAUGGCCCCCGGGCCGCACUUUGGACACCUCUGCUGUACAGCUUUGUUCUUGACUUGAACUCCUGAAGAACCUAAGACACCCAUAGGAACCACUUUGGAGUGGUUGUCAUGUGACUAUCCCAGGAUAUGGCUUACCCAAAAUGCCAGUGUUGUCAGGUCAUUUCCAAGUGGUGUUUUUCCACCAUGAAAGGUGAUUUUAAAGCAUUUAUAAUACUUUAAUAGGGUGUCAACUAUUACAAUUCAAUCUCUUCAAUUCAUUUAAUACAAAAACAAGCGAGGAAAAUAUCGCUAUUUUGCCUUAAAAUUGCUAUGGAAAGCCUGAAGUGACAAUUGCAAAAAUGAGAAGACAAUUUGUUCAAUUUAAACUAUAUUUGCAGUAUUAAGCAUACAGAGUGUCAAGUUGAGUUGUUUUGAAAUGAUGCAUACAUUUACCAUAAACAAUAAUUAUGUAUUAUUAUAACUUAUUAUCUUUGACCUUUAAUUAGUAGGAUUAAAAACUUCAGAAAUGUAUACCGUAUUUUUCGGAGUAUAAGUCGCACCGGAGUAUAAGUCGCACCGGAGUAUAAGUCGCACCGGCCGAAAAUACAUAAUAAAGAAGGAAAAAAACAUAAGUCGCAUUUUUUUGGGAAAUGUAUUUGAUAAAAGCCAACACCAAGAAUAGACAUUUGAAAGGCAAUUUAAAAUAAAUAAAGAAUAGUGAACAACAGGCUGAAUAAGUGUACGUUAUAUGAGGCAUAAAUAACCAACUGAGAACGUACCUGGUAUGUUAACGUAACAUAUUAUGGUAAGAGUCAUUCAAAUAACUAUAACAUAUAGAACAUGCUAUACGUUUACCAAACAAUCUGUCACUCCUAAUCGCUAAAUCCCAGGAAAUCUUAUACGUCUAGUCUCUUACGUGAAUGAGCUAAAUAAUAUUAUUUGAUAUUUUAUGGUAAUGUGUUAAUAAUUUCACACAUAAGUCGCCCCUGAGUAUAAGUCGCACCCCCGGCCAAACUAUGAAAAAAAACAGACAGACAGACAGCAGCUUUUAUUGUCCAUUCUUAACAUGUACAAGACACAUAAGAACUGAAAUUACAUUUUCGGCACAAUCCCACUAAGAGCAGACAUACGUUACAGGGGGACAAGACGGGACCGCCAACAGAUCAGCCACUUACAGCACUCCUUAAAAAAGUGGGAAAAAGGUGACAUUGGGAAAGGGGGAAGAGUAAAAAAAAUAUCAGUCUAAAGCUGGACCCUCAGGAGGGGUCCAGACUGAGCCAGAGGAAAAAACCUCACAUAGCAUGGCACACAUAAACAUGGUACAUGUAAUCACAACAACUCGCAACAGAGGAGGGGGGAGUUGGGACUCUGGAGGCCGGCUGCCGCUAUAAAGCGCUACUCAGCCCCCACAACCCCGGAGGAAUUAAGCAGUGGUGAAGGCGUUGAUUUGGGGAGGGGCGUGUGCGUGCAUGUAUGCCCAAUUAACUUGGGUGAGAUGUUGAAAUGUCUUUGUGGACUGGGGCCGAUCUCAAAAGUUCAACACCAUCUGCGACUUAUAGCCCGAAAAAUACAGUAAUCAGAUACGGUUCAGGGUUCUUAUGGGUUAAUAUUUCCAAAUACAGCACUUCCAUAUUUUCUUAUGUAUCAAGUAGUGAUGACUUUACUGUACAUUUCCAAGAGUCAUCAGAAGAUGUAUGUACUACAGUUGAAAGCAAAAAACAUUUGUAUGAUACUCCAAUGCAUGUUGUUUUGAUACAUGGAACUAUUUUAACUUCAAAUGACAGGUCAAGAAUUUUUGUGGAAUAUUUGCAAUAACAUGAAAUGUUUUACCUCCGAAUGAGGGCUCUGGUGUGGGUGUGUAACAAUGAAUGUGGGAAACUGCAGCCUGUAAAACGUGUGGAUCUCCUCAACUGGUCCACACCUUUGAGUUCUUUAAAGCAGGGAUAUUCAACUAGCACAUAGAGAGGAUCUUUGACCAGUGUUUGUUUUCCUUCCAUUCACACACUAGGAGCCAAUUUAGUGUUGCCAAUCAACCUAUCACUUGUGAUUAUAUUCCCAUGAGAUCAAUAAAUGAUCUGUUUACUGAUCUGUCCAGGUAUGGCAGGUCCUUGGCAUGAUAAAAGAUAGAGUUGUGUAACCCUGCUUUAAAGAGAUGGGCUGAUGACAUAUGCAGACCCAAGCACUUGAGAUAGUUUGUGUCUCUAACAGUGGACUUGACAUUUGUACAGCUGAGAAUUGAAGCCAUGGGCAUACUUUGUCUUCUUGCAUCCAGUAUUUGGUUUCUAGGUGAGUUCAGUGUUGGAGAUCUCCCGAUCCUGCAUCUCGGACUUCCAAUAUGUGGACAUUUUCAAUGAUCUUAUGAGGGCUAUGAACUUUUCCUUAUUCUUCAACGUGUUUGUUUUUUCUGCUUUGCAUAUCUCUUAUUAUGUGGGAAAAAUAAUGGGAAAAAAAAGCAAAAUCAUGACAACGUUGCGCCUUUUCAUUUGUUUUUUUGAAAACAUUAAACUUGAAUAAUGACAUAAAUAUGGACUUGUAUCCUUUU